GUGCCCUUUUGCUUCUCUCUUUUGUUCAUGUUCAGGCGAGCGUCAUAACCAGACACUUGUUUUUAUUUCGGCAGCCAAUCAGCUUGCAGGAUAUCGUCACACCUCCCAUUGAGCUUGAACCUCAAUCUACAAAAAACUCGUCCGUCAUCAGUGGAUGAACAUUAAUGCCGAAAUAUGAAACCGAGUCACAAGUCUUUUAGUUAAAGAUAGAACCCUUUUCCGCUUACGGCUUUACUCCCUCCUCCACAUUCUAUAUUUUAGUGCAUGGAGGACAAACCAUUGCCGUUGAGCAGUCCUUGCAGUGUGCCUUUUUCAGAAUACCCGGCAUUGCCGAUCAGAAAUCGAGACGUGAAGCUCUGACUGCACGAGCGAUUGUUCAUUCCUGCUUUUGUUGCUUUGUGAAACAUUUGUGAAACAAGAAGAUUUGAUUAUUUUGUCUUGGAGAUUUGAAAAGUUGAGAUCGCAGAUAGAGAGAUGCUAAAGCUUAAUCUCAGAUCAGAGAAGGGUGAGGUUACUCUGCCUCUGAACGGAGUGUUAUCUAAUGGGAACGCCCCCUCGGAUGAUACCUCCAAUCUCGGGAAUAUUUCGAAGACCUCCAAGAGUUCCAAGAAGGAAGAUGAGAAUGUGGAGCGUGGUAACUGGUCCAACCAUCUGGACUUCAUCCUCUCCUGCGUGUCCUACGCCGUGGGCCUGGGCAACGUCUGGAGGUUCCCCUACCUCUGCUAUUCCAAUGGAGGGGGUGCUUUCCUCAUCCCCUACAUUGUGAUGCUUCUGUUUGCUGGCCUGCCCCUGUUCUUCCUGGAGUUGUGCUUUGGCCAGUACUCUAGCAGCGGGCCCAUCAGCGCCUGGAGGUCUGCACCCCUCAUGAAAGGUGUUGGGUACGGCAUGGUGGCCGUCUCAGCCUGGGUGGCCAUCUACUACAACGUGAUCAUCAGCUACACCAUGUUCUACAUGUUCAAGUCGAUGACCACCUCCCUGCCCUGGAUCGGCUGCCACCACGAGUGGAACACGCCCUACUGCAGCGAGCUGGUGGACGAGUGCAUGGAGGCGGGCGGGAUCAUGACCCUCAACAACACCUGCGUCAGUCUGUCCAACAUGACCCUGGAGGAGAUAGACAGCUACAACGUGACCACCGACGGCAACGCCACCGUCUCUUUCCUUGACCCCCUCCAGGAGUUCAGGAGACGCCCCAGCGAAGAGUAUUACAGACAUGGUGUUUUACAUGACUCCGGUGACAUGGGAUCAUUCGGCUACAUCAUCUGGCCGCUGGCCCUCUGUCUUCUCCUUGCCUGGACCCUCGAGUUCAUCUUCCUCGCCAAGGGCGUCAAGUCCUCCGGAAAGGUUGUAUACUUCACUGCCAUUUUCCCCUACAUUGUCCUGUUCAUCCUCCUGAUCCGCGGAAUGACUCUGCCAGGCCACAUGGACGGAAUUCUCUUUUUUAUCAAACCGCGAUGGGAGCUACUGAAAAAUCCCAAGGUGUGGAAGGAUGCUGCCGUUCAAAUCUUUUUCUCACUCAGUGCAUCGUGGGGAGGUCUUAUUACUCUAUCGUCAUACAAUCGCUUUAAAAAUAACUGCAUGAGGGAUGCCCUCAUUGUACCUUUACUAAACUGCGCUACCAGCAUCUUCGCCGGUUUCGUCAUCUUUUCCAUCAUGGGCUACAUGGCUCAUGAACUUAAAAAGCCAGUCUCCGAGGUGGUCGACGAGCAGUUCGGUCUCGCUUUCAUCGCCUACCCCGAGGCAGUCGCUAGGUUACCAAUCUCGCCACUUUGGGCCUUCCUCUUUUUCUUUAUGCUAAUCACACUGGGUUUGGGAUCACAGCUCUGUAUUGUUGAAACUGUUGUUACGUCGAUUGCCGAUGAAUUUAACCUGAGGAAAAAGAAGAUCUGGGUUUUGGCAGCAUAUUGUAUUAUUGCCUUCUUCAUGGGCUUAAUAUGUGUUACACAGGCGGGUAAUUACUGGGUGAUCCUCAUGGACAAGUACGCCGCCGACUUUGCCCUGCUGAUCUUCGGCAUGUCCGAGUGCAUCGGUCUCGGCUGGAUCUACGGAGUCAAGAACUUCACCAACGACAUCAGGUCCAUGCUGGGCGACAGGAUUGUUGACAACGUCCUCUUCAACUGGUGGAAGCUCAACUGGUGUUUCCUGACACCUGCUGUGCUAUCAUUUGUGAUGCUGUUCAGCUGGAUCUCCUGGGAACCCCCUAUGGCUACCGAGACCUACCCCUUCCCCACCUGGGCCCACGCCCUCGGCUGGCUCCUCAUCCUCACCGUCAUCAUGUGGAUCCCUCUCUACUGGAUCUACGCCUUCUGCAAGGCCAAGGGCGACACCUUCAGGCAACGCCUUAAGGCCAUGGCCACGCCCGAAGACUCCUGGGGACCCAUGGUCAUGUCCAACCGCCGACACGCCUGGGAGACGCAUAAUCAGAACGGAACCAGCAUGGGCGGUCAGCUCCAUCUGGACGACGAGGUCAAGUCAUCGCCAGGACUAUCCGCCGUCUACGUCCCGACCAGCACGACGGAAUCGGUUUAGUCACACUGAACAAACUUGGGUGACUUGAACAAAACACAGACUCCAAACUCUCAAGACAGGAACGAGUGCCCUUGUACUUUUAUCUUUGCAAUUGAAAUAGUGGAAUGGGAAUUGGAAGUUUAUUAACUGUUCAGUUAUAUGUGAGGAUGCGCUGACCCUAUUAUUAUACCUUCUGCUGAAUCUAUGGAAGGUGAGACGCAAGACGGCUCAUCGCUCGGCUGAUCGAUGCCCAGUUGUUGCCGACAUUUGCCGAGCUGUUGUGAUCAGGAGAAGCCACGUGCAAUGAUUCGCAAACGGGAAGAAACGGUGAAUACAAAAGUUGGAAGAUAUUGUCCAAAAAUGGAAGCAACAAUUGAAGCUCUUUUCAUCCCUGGUCCAACCAGUAAGCUUCGCUGUGCUUUCGGUCGAACCGAACCGCUGGGUCGUUUUUAAGCAGGAUGGAAAAAUUGCUUCUCGGCCAGUAUUCAUUACAGGGUUUUGCUACCUCUUAGUUUUCUCUCAUCAUUGUAUGCUUAUUUGGUAAUGAUAAUAUACCAAAUCUUACCGAAUGGAGCUUUCAUCUGCUUCUUGAUUCAACAUUAAGCGAUCCGCUACCGCUAGACUGGCCGUGUCGACCUGCCGUAAGUGACCUGGCAGGAAGCAGUCUGGAAAAGAUCAACUCAUAAUUACAAGAGCAGGAGAGAAACUUUGAAAUAUUUUGAGCAGGGUGAUUGUAAACAAUAUUUAUUUUUCCAAUUUUUAUUUCAAUUUUCUUCAUUUUGUGUGCGAUAAUCAUUUGCCCCCUGAAAUUUAUAUCCUACAUUUUCUUCUGUAAAUAAGUAUUAUGAAGAAAAUUUCCCCUCCUUGACUUUAAACAAAAAAAUAUAAGUGCCUCUUUUAUGUGGUAGCAUUCAUAUUUUUCUAUCAUUAUACUUCGCUUUUAUUAGUAGCAAAGUAGUAUUGGAGAAGAAAAAAAGGUUUAAACAUUUAGAUACAGUUUUUAGUCGUGAAGCUCAGUUGCAUUGCAAAAAAUAGGUAUAUCGAAAUUGUUCCUUUGCAUGUUGCUUGUGUUUGAGGCAAAUGCUUAUUUAUUGGAAAAGAAAAUUAUGGAAUUGAGAAAAAUUAUAUAUAUAUAUAUUUAUAUAUAUAAGACGUAGAAGGAUGAAAGAAAAUCCCUCCAUACAUUCCAAAAGAAUUGUAGUUCUGCCAUCUUUUCUGGUUUUUAGCAGCCUAGGUAUGGAUUUGAAAAUAGUUUUAAGGAAAUGAUUAACCUCGAGAUUCGAGAAGGAAAAAAAUAGAAGAAAAAAAAUGUCCAAAUAGAACAUACAAAGUUACACAUGUAGGAUGACAGUGUGUGUGCCCAUUUGUAAAUAAGUGUAUUAUAUUGUGAAUAGUUGUAUAUAGAAACAUGGCAAUUUUGCUGCGAGAGAUGGAAGAAUACUUACGCUCAGGUUCAUUAUUAACAAAGAAUAUGAAACAUGAAGUCUUGUUACAUGUCCCCAUCUGAAAGCAUUGGGUAUUCAAGUCGCUACUCAUCAUUUAUUAGAUCGAAAGGAUGCCAAGCCAUGUGGCUCAUCCCUGUAUUAAUUUGCAAUACAACCAUCCGGCAUCAAGCAGCUUUUCACGCAGUCCAAAACUUAAAAAUAUUUUCAUGUCCAGUUUUUUAGCAGUUACUUUUAGAUGUACGUGAAGAGUAAAUUUGAGCAGGUAACGUGAUAACCGAUUUGGUUCGUUUUCCAUGAAGAAAAUGUAUUGAGAAUCGUGCAGCUCUUGGUUUGUUGUAAAAUGCAAAUGUAAAUGCUGCUUAUCCAUCAGAGGGGUCGAAAGGUCAACGGUUGGUUAGAGCUGAAUCGUUUCUGAUUUACAGCUUUGCAUGGCCAAUUUGCUGGCCAUCACCUUAUAGCGAUUUUCAACCUUCCGCUAUCUUACCAGGUGCCUUAUUUUGCAUGUGGCCAUUUGCGAAAGGUUCUGUUCUUAUUUUUGCUCGGUCAUUCAAACAAUGCACCCUGCAGCUGAAAGGAAACAAAAAAAGUUUAAUAUGUGCAUUGGGGCCCUCUGUGAGUGCAACAGUUUGUAGAAAUUGUAGGAACCAUGAUGUGACCGCUAAUUGCUAACUGUUGGCAUGUUGGGCUGCGUAACAUAUCUGCACCCAAGAACAGACAAUGUUUAUACAAGCAUAUAAUGCUCAAGAAAAAUUGUAAAUAUCUAUUCAAUAUGUUUGGCUAAAAAGUGGCCAGACAUACGUGUAUAUUACAUCUAUGAAAAAAAGAAAAAAGUAAAAGAAAAAAAUAAAUAUACAUAAAAUAUAAAAGAAAAAAAAACACAAACAUUAAAAAAAUGGAGGAAAAAAAAAUUAGUUUAGAUGCUGUGAGUUAUUAUUGAACACACAAAAUGACAAUUAUGGAUAAAAAAGGAAGAUGAAAAGUAAAUUUUUUAUUGUAAUUACUUUGACAAUACUUGUUAGCAAUGCAUGAAUGAAUAGUUCUCUUUUUCCUUGUCCUUUUAUAAAAGUGUGCUACCUAUUCAAGUUACCUACCCUGUUCAUUUUUUAAAAUUUCCUAUUGAUUGGCAUUGGUGAAAAUGGACUUGGUCGUUCUUGAAUUCUUCAUUUCGACUUAACCAAAUUCAAAUGGUUGAUAUUUGUGUAAUAUGUUUGAAGUCUGACUUUCAUCGAAUGCCAAGGUGCAUGAAAUCGAGCCAAUGGUGUGCUAACAAUGCUAUUUAUGAAGACCUGUAUCAUUCGCUGACUUAUUGCACCAAAGAGCAGGCUGAUUUUUCCCGUUAUCGUUGCUUAAAACGUGUCAUUUUUCUGUUGAUUUAUAUAACCACUUCAACAUUUCAAAAAGAAAAAGAAAAAUCUGAACUUUCAAUCGAUACCUUGUGUUAUUUAUAUAUUUACCAACAUACUAUGAUAAAUAAUGCAAAAUCCUUCCAAAAGUCGCAAGUGCACAAAAGGGUUACUUGUAAAGUACAUUGUGUAGAUAUAAAUAGCUUGUACAUAGUAUGCAGCAUUAUAUCAUGUGUGAUUUGAAGCUUGGUCGGUUAGCAAAUUGAUGUCUUGGCCAAACCAUUGCAAUGCAUUAUGUAUCAAUGCAAACUUAAGGAAGUGGAGAAUAGGAUUAUCUUCUUGUAAAGAGUAUAUUUGUAGGGCUGAUUAAUUCUUUUCGAAGCCAAGAUGUAGUCUGCAUGUUCCGAGAGAACACAGUUACUCACGGAAUCAAUCGUUUCUCAUUUUUCUACUGUUUAUUUACUACUAAUCUUGGUCUUCCAAGUCCAGUUUUUACAGGGGUAUGUUUGAGUAUUUAAAACAAAAAAGCCUGUUUAAUAGUGGUACUGUAAAAUGAUUUUUCUUUUUUAACCAGCUCUGUUUUCGUGCUUAGAUAAGUUGUAAAAGCUUAAGGGUGAUGGAAUGAAAAUUAUAUCAAGGUUCUUUUUAAGUUCUAGAGACAUGUUUAUCAGGUAUUGGUUGGUUUUCAGAGCAAUAAGCAACAAGUGCUGCUUUAGCCUGGGAGAAAGAUUGCAUAGAAAUGCUUAAUGAGUUCAGCAAAUCUUCCCAGGAGGUUUAGUUGGAACCGCCUACGAUCAGGCGCAGGUCACUUUGAAGCAAUCACAAAGCUCUGGGGUCUCGAAGACUCUGACCCAUGUCCAUGCGGUCAAAUUCAGACCGGCUUAGCAUAUAAUGGGUGUGCUGUAGCAGGACUUCAUGUCCCCUAUCUGAUAUCGACAACCCACAGCUGGUGUCGUAUCUAAACAAUUGUCGGUUUUAAAUAGCUAUGGUUGAUAUAAGAAAUAAUAAUGAUGCAUUCCAUUUUGAUAAUGGCUUUCCUUACCUUACAUUCAGUUUGUUUGGAACUUUUGUGUAAUGUUCAAUGUUUGUCACAAGAACUGAACCAAUCAAAAGAAAGAACAAAUCGCCCCACACUGCCAAGAACGCAAAGACUCUACCAAAAGUACAGUAUUACGAUCAUCAAAAGAUUGUGAUAGAAUGAACAUAUGCCAGUGGCCAAAGAAAGUGAUUUUGCUUCCGAUGUUGUUGGCUGCCAAGUUUUGUUUGGAAAGUUUUUUUACACUCCCUAACAGUUCCAUUGUAGAAAAGCCACAACAACCCUUUGAAAAUUGUAUACGCAAGUAUUUUGUCCAUGCAGCUUGGUUGAAAGAAAAUGAACAAAAUUCAAUUUUGCUCUUCAUUAAAUUUGUAAUGCCAUAUAACUGUACAGGUUUGAUGUAUUACCGUACAUUCAAAAUCAAAGUAGAGUUUUCAAGAUACAUGUAUAUGAAAGUGAAUGGAUAGAGAAUGAUUACCGCGCAUGCAAAUCGCGCUUGUGAUCUACAAAUGCUGCUAUGUGAGAUAUACCUGAGGUGUAUACGCAGUUGAGUCACUGUACAACAGUUCAACUGUUGGUCACAUUGUGAGCGAGUGUUCUUGUACAAAGGAUAUCAGUUUGCAAGAUCUUACAUACAAAGUGUGUGAAGUUGGCUGGGAUGGCGUGAAGUAGCACCGACCUGUAAAUGUAAAUUCACCAACUUUCCUUGCUGGUCGCUUUACCUCGACUUGAUCAAGUACAUAUAGUGGAAUUAUCUAUCAAUUUAUCAAUUGUAAAAAAAUUGAAAAAAGUGGUAUUUAUGACGCAACGGCCAGUGGUCUAAAUAUACAGGGUCAUAAAUGAUACUAUUGUAUGUAGUGCUGUAACUUAUUUGAUGGAGUUGACUUAUCAUGUACAUUUGUAUAUUUCCAUUUAUAUAAAUGUAUGGAUGACACAGUUCUAGACAAGUAGAAAUUCAUUUUUCCUUUCUUUCACAUACCGAGUAGAAUACAGAGUAGUGUAUAAAUGUCUUGUAAUUACUGGUAGAGUAUUUCUUUUGUUGAUAUUCUUUUCCUAUUUCAUGCAACAAGUAAGAAAAUAAAAUUUUAUCUUUUUGUCUUGGAAA